AUGGUAGCAAGAAAGGUAGUGGUGCUCUUACAGCACUUGCUCCACAACUUCAAUCUGAAGAAGCUUACUACUAAGGAAGACAUGCUGAAGCUUAUCACCAAGAAGUAUGAAUACGACUUCCCUGAUCUUCAGAAAGCCUCUCAGAAGCUGGAAGAUGCCUUUGAGGUGGAAGUGAGGGAAGUCAACUCCAGUGAGCCCUCAUACAACCUCAUCAGCAAGCUGAAGCUCCCCAACAAUGGGAGGAUUCGUGCUGGCAGAGGCUUUCCCAAGACUGCUUUCGUGAUGUGUGUCCUAGGUAUCAUCCUCAUUAGGGGCAAUUGUGCCAGUGAAGAAGACGUCUGGAAAAUCCUGAAGAAGCAGCAAAUCUAUCCAGGGAAGAAGCACCGCAUCUUUGGUGAGCCCCAGAAGCUCAUGACCCAUUAUUUAGUGAAGCUGAAGUACCUGGAGUACAGGCAGGUGGCAGGCAGUGAUCCCCCACACUAUGAGUUCCUGUGGGGUCCCCAAGCCUAUGCUGAAACAAGCAAGAUCAAAGUCCUGGAAUAUUUGGCCAAGAUAAACCAAACGACACCUAGUGCCAUCUCUGCCAUUCAUGAAGAGGCUUUGAAAGAUUACCAAGGACAAACAGAAGCCAGAGAUGAAGAUGAUUCCGAUGCCACUGACCAAACGAGUGAAGAUUCCUCAGUAAAAUUACCAGCAAAUUCCACUGUCCCCGUUGACCCUUAA